UCAUUGUCAAUUUGUCAAUACAUUGUCAUUGCUUUCUAUUUAGAUUUUGGAAGCGGAUUUUUAUCCGAAUUGUUUUAAAAAUGGUUCAAGGCGGUGGUGAACCCGAUGAUAAUCUUAUAAGGAGUUUUGCGAGUGCCAUGUACAAUACAAUAGAUGCACCGGUAACAUGGUUUAGAGAAAAAGUAGUCGAACCUAAUCAAAAGAAGUAUCCGUGGUAUCACCAACAGUUCCGCCGUGUACCGACUAUCGAUCAGUGCUAUAGCGACGAUGUUGUAUGUGACUUCGAAGCGAACACUCAAUUUAAAAGAGAUAGGGCUGUGGACUCUGAAAUUUUAAACAUACUUCGCAUGCGAUUUGAAGAUUGCAUGAUAUACGAAAAACCAGAUCAUGAAGUGAAAUGCAAACCUCUCUGGGAAAAAUAUAAGGAUGCUGAAGAAGCCUGGUUUAUUAAAUAUGGUGACCUGGGCGCAUACGGCGACGCCCGCAAAGCUUACAUGAAGCAGAAACAUCGCAUGAUCUGGGAGAGACGUCACGGACCCCUGUCUGAACAGACUAAGUGAAGAGAGUGCGAAGAAAUGAAAUAAACCAUAAGUAGCUAAAUAAUAUUCAUUGCAGUAAUAAAUUGUUAAAGCAAU